AUGAUGGCCGUCAGGUCGCCAUUGUCCGUCUUGCCAUAUCGCGACCCCUCCAGCCCCUUUGCGGGGCCUGAGUCAAUGUCUGUGGAUAUCUCCUCGAUCGCAGACAACACCAGAAACUCGACCUAUCUCUCCGCAGAUCCGGUUUCCACAAACAUGGCGGACACUUCGUCGGCGGCCUUUGACAGCCAACAACCAAAGAAGACCGAAGCGGUUGGCGAUAAGGUCGAUAGUGAGGUAGUAGCUAUUCCAGCGAUGGCUGUACAAGGACUAAGAGCGGGAACAUCACCCCCUCUAGGACUAACCAUUCAAACGGCACAAAUGCAUCAAAAUGGACUUGUCGCAAGAUCUGAUGAGGACGAACCACCUCAGUCGGUAAUCCAUGCUCCAGCUGGGUUUGGCGAUUUUGUUAGGUUGCAGACCUCGGAAGAAGAGUCUUGUGAAAAUGAAGAAUCAUCAUCCUCGAGCGAAAUAGAACAUACUCAGUUGAUCGAUGUCCCGGGAAGGUCAGAAGCAUCGCGGAAGUUCGGAAAUACCGGCACGAGCCCCGUAUCUCCACCUCCGUUGACCACUAGUGUUACGUCGGUCCAGGAUUGGUCUGAUAGAGCGACUCCUCGGGCACAAACAAGGCAAGAAUUCGAAGAAUCUGGCCGACGCACACGUUCAAGCAGCUUAGAAGAUAUACCGGAAGGUAGUGAAUUCAAAACACAUAGAGUGGCCUCGGAUGUGGGAACUAACUUCCCGCCAGGUCAUUUUGGUAGUAAAAUAGCGGAGAUCACUGCUCUUCGAGCAGCUCUCACGGAAUGCUGGACCCUCUGCAAUACAUUGUCUAGCCUCAGUUAUAUUAAUCGAGAAAGACUCCCGCAAUCUCACGAUGACGGCAUGCAAGAGGAUGCUUGGCGAUCCUGUUGGCGACUAUGCCAGAAGCUAUAUGACACUCGCGACGACGACUAUUGGUCACAAAUAAUCCCAACCCUUGAUUUGUGCCGAGAUUUUUGCCAGGCUUUAUUUGAAGUUCGUGUUUGUGACAGCGACUUGACAGACUCGGUGCUGAGAGUGAGCUUUGAACUAAACAAUCACCUCUUCAACACGCACGACCGCAACCUUCCCGACGCAUUCCGUGAGCGUACAUUGGAUUUUUACAUAACCCUUUGCCACCGGCUCAUGAAGCAACGAACCCGUCUGACGGAGACGGACUCUCUCCUCAGUGCCUGUUGGGCGCUUGCUGAGAUGUUGUUCAGCAUUCGGCAGGCCAAGAGAGAAGGGAGGGAACUAGACGAGGAGUUGUUGGGCUCGGCAGUUCAAGCCUGCUGGGAACUCUGCGAUAUCUUCCGUGAAGGUUGGACUCUGAACAGCUUGCGCAGCUCAGAUCGAGGCACUCCACGUCCAAGUCAAGCCACCUUUGCCCAGGCUUUCCAGCAAGUGUCGCAACAGUCAGAACUUGAUUUUGUCGACGACUUGCUAGAACAAGCCCCAAACCCCGAGACACCGACCACGAUCUUUGACGAUGCCGCCACAGUCUCCCCCGAUGAAGCAUCCGCUCCCAAUAUCUUAGUACUAGGGCAUGGUACUGGCCACACAACUUCCCAUUCUACAUGGCCUUCCAAUGUUUCCAACGUCUCCGAGAAGUCUCGAUCAUCCGGGCAAACAGCGUCUUCUGCUAACACUGUCACCACCAUGUCGGAGGACCCGAAUUUUACACGCCUGAAAGUUCUGAUCACUAAGGCUGCCAUUAUCAGUGGCUAUCAGCGAGGAGGAACGCAAAAUCUGUCCUCAUUUGUGAAAUCGCUUCCUUCGGAUGCAUUUGGCUCGGCGCUAUGGCAAUCCUCGUUAUUGAAGAGUUAUCGGAAGCUAGUUGCAUUUGAUCCUGCAUUCCGCAAUGUUGGAUCCCAAGCACGUGUUAGCGCUAUCGACGUGGCACGCGCAUGCCAGGCAAUGGCUCAGAAUGGACAGUACUCCUGGUUGCGUGACCUAUAUCGACUUGUUUUUGGAUUUCAUCUAGAAGAGGCUGUAGGCCGCAAAGGCGUGACUAUUCAGACAUAG